AAGUCACAUGACCAUCUAUCGAGUGAAUGAAACAAAACAUAAAAGACUUCUGCUAUGCACUGAUUGAACAGUUGAUAGAAUCCUAGACUAGAACUAGAUCUACCUAUAUAGAUCUAGGACUAUAUACUAGAUAUCUAUAUAUAUAGAUCUAUAGUAUUAUUGCUUUUUAUAUCGUGUAUAGUAGGACGUGUGUUGAUAAUUCUAUGGAUAUAGUAUUAUAGUCAUUGAUAUUUUUGUGUAAUAGUAAUAGUAAUAUAAAUAUUGUGUUACAAGCUUUCACUUUCACAAAGAAAUAUCAUAAUAUGGCUGACACUGACAGUGUGGGCGACCAUCAUCAUCAAGACAGAGAAAAGCAUGAUUUGAAUGCUAACAACAGUAACAUGAGUGGAAAUAAAGUGUUGCUUGAUCAGACACUGAAGAGAAUAAAUCACCAGAGGAUUAGGGAUCAUGCCCAGCAAUUAAAACUGGAUCUGUUGGACAGUAUGAGUAACCAGUUGGAAGAGUUAUUAGAUGGAUUUGUAUCAACAGUAGAACGAAUAGAAGUUGGUGAUGAUCUAAAUGUGCAGAAUGGCUCUAUCAAAAACCAUUGCCCAUCAUGUGCAUCACAUCCUACUGAAGAAGUUGCCUCUAAAAAGAAAGAAAAGACUGGGGAACUUCCUGACAAAGUUUUUGUGACUAGGAGCUCAGUCUUGACGGAGCUGUUUGAGAUCAGUCAUGUCCGUACCAUCUAUCACAUUUUUGUGGCUGUCCUUAUUGUAUUCAGCCUCAAUACAAUGCUCUAUGAUGUCCUGGAGAAACACACGUUGAACUUAAAUUUUGGAAUGAUUCAAUGGGCAUUUGGCAAGUUUCCCAAAGUGAUGGCUUUGUGGAUGAUGAUGCAAGGCAGUACACUGCUUAUAGUCUACCCAGCAUUUUACUGCUGGGCCUCUUACAGAACACCAAAAAAUUCAGGUAUACUAGAUGUUAUCUGGAUUAGUUUAGUCAUCAUCUACCAGUUGGCAUUUCUUCUGAUCCCAUUGUUCUAUUUGAUUGAGCAUGACUUACCACCUGCGUCGUCGGUUGUUGUCACAGCUGAACAGACCAGGUUUCUAAUGAAGACACACUCAUUUAUUAGAGAGAAUACUGCUCGUGUGAUGUACAAGAAAAAAGAUGAUGAUGACCAGGAAACAUCGCUCUGUCCAGAUUUCUCUAAAUAUCUCUACUUUUUGUUUUGUCCCACUUUGGUGUAUAGAGACAACUAUCCAAGGACACAGACCAUCAGCUGGAAGUAUGUUGUGACCAACUUCCUUCAGGUCCUGGCUUGUCUUAUUUACAUCUACUACAUAUUUGAACGGUUCUGUGUGCCAGUGUUCCAGAACUUCAACAAGGACCAUAUCACAGCCAAAGGUUUUAUCUUGUCUAUGUUUGGCUGUAUGAUGCCAGGGACUCUUUUGUUAUUCAUUUCUUUUUUUGCUAUUUUACAUUCUUGGAUGAAUGCUUUUGCUGAAAUGUUACGCUUUGGAGACCGAUUGUUUUACAAAGACUGGUGGAACUCAACAACAUUCUCAAACUACUACAGAACAUGGAAUGUAGUUGUACAUGACUGGCUUUACACUUAUAUCUACAAAGAUAUCUGCAAGCUGGUAGGACCCAGAAAUCGUCCUGGUGCCAUGGCUUGUGUUUUCCUGAUCUCAGCUGUCUUCCAUGAAUACAUCCUGACUUGUACAUUCAAGUUUUUCUACCCAGUUUUAUUUGUGAUGUUUGCUGGUGCUGGGUUUGGGUUUAUCUUUCUGACGGAUAAAGGUUCCAGUAGAAGCUGGAAUGUCUUCAUGUGGGUUGCUUUGUUCAUAGGCAAUGGUUUACUAAUGUGUUUGUAUAGCAUGGAGUUUUAUGCCCGCCAGAACUGUCAAGCAAGCACAGAAAGCCUAUUAGAUUUGAUGAUACCAAGAUCAUGGUUUUGUGUUUAUCCCAAAACUGAAAUAUUGUAAACUAGAGUUGUCUUCCUUGUGACCAAUGUAGCAGUUGUGAUAAGUCUGUAGUUUUUGUUUACAACUUAACACAUCCUACAAUUUGAAGUGAAUUGGUUAUUGGACAAUUUCAAGUAUCUACCAGUUUAUAUAACAAACUAUAGCAGAAACAUUACAAUGUCUGUUGAAGCCAAUUAGGUGAGAAGUACAAAUAAACAACUAAAUAUAGCUGGCAUUUCCCUUCCAUUUUUGUUAGAGCCUAUAUGAGCAAUAUCAGUCACCAAAGUAUAGGAGUCUGUUGAGGUGGCAAUGUUAAAGAACUCAAAUCAUAGCUGUAUAUAUAUUCAGUGCUGUGCCAAAAUGUUAUGACCGGAUAAUUUUUGUCAUCACAUUUAAGCAGGACCAACUUAUUUCCCAGACCUCACUGUUACAAUUUUUGAUAAAGGAUUUAACAUCAUUCCCAGUAUUAGAAUGGCAUAAUUCAACAGUACCUCCAGUAGCAAUAGAUAACUGUUAAAAACUUUCUUUUUUGAAACAUAAAUAGUUCACUUUCAUGUGCCCUCACCCCUGCUGUGUACUACUAUUGGUAAUGUUGGGAUAUCAUUGUGGGUCACAUUUGUGGUCUAUAGUUGCUACCGGUUGUUUCUAAACAUUUCCACGUUUCAUUUUGUUUUCAAAUUGUUGCAUUUAAUUGUUAAAACUCUGUAAGUGCCAUCAUUCAUUGGAUUGUUAGAUUCCACAUUUCGAGUUAUUCUUAUUUUGUAUUAUGUGACGUUGAUUCCCAUAGUUCAAUAUCUCAUGUUAAUUGUAAACUGACUUAAAUUACUUUGUUUUCAAAAAGAGAAGGUCAAUGAGAACAUCUGUUUGUGUCAAUUAUGUAUCAGAUUGUCACAUUUAAGUACUAGAUGUGAAUAAAAAGUGAGUGACUUUGUUAAAAGUAAUCUAACAUUGAAGCAAAAAAUCAUGUUAUGUUGUAUCUGUGUUGUUUAUUUUUAAAAAUCUAAUUUUGGGAGGUUUAAUGCAGUUUCUGAAGUGUUAUAUCCAUCUCUGUUAACUUUGUAUAUAAAGGAUUCAAAUUCCUGACAAUUUUCCGCCUUUUGAAACCAAGAUCAACAUUGUACAACAAUUAAAUUGUGAUGCUUUGAUUACCAUUGCCAUCAUCUGUCUUUAAUGCAUAUGAACAAUUUGGUUUAUUGUCAAUCACAAUUUAAAUAAACACAAGUGAACUCUGUAUAAGGUUCCACGUCUUUGUCCGCCAGAGGUUAAAGGUCAGAGUAAACAUUUAAUUUCUCGAUAACCUUCUGUUUUUUUUUUUAAUUAAGCUUUUUUUUUUUUUUUUGUUUAACUCUUACAAUGUAGUUGUUGAUGACCUUCCUUUUCAUGGUUUUAAUGCUUUCAAUCAUUUUUUUAUUCAGUUCAUGUCAUAUAAUGCUUUGGUUCAUUUGAUUUGAUUUUUUUUUGUGCAAAUCAGCAUUACAUUCAGUGAUAGCAUUCAAUGUCACUGAUAUUGCUUUUAUUGAUAUCGAAGCAAAUUUUUAUUUUUAUUUUAUUUUAUUUAUAUUGUCUUUUGUGGAUCUAUUAUAAUUUUUUUUUUUAAUUAAGCAUUCAGUGUAAACCUUUUGUCUUGUUUAAUAAAUUUUUUUUUGUGAUGGAACUUGUACAUUAUAACUGAGUUCAAGGGAGACUAAUUUGAUAUCGCUAUUAAAAACUUCAUUUUAGAGUGUAUGUCUCUCUUUCAAGAAAUAAUUAAACUCAGUAUGUCAUCUAAUUCAGUAUUAUUUAGACAAAAUGGAUGUCCAGACUUUUUAGAUUAUGACAUUUUGGCAAAACCUUUGAAUCGUAUUAACAAAAUUUAACAGUAAAACUUUAAAUCCUAAAACUAGUUCAUUAAGUUACUACUGAACUAAGUAUAUCUUAAUAUUUCGAAAAAAAGAUAUAAAAGCCCUGAAAGUAUAAAGUAUGAAAAUGUUUUAACUUACUAUACCGGGUAUUCAUUUUAGUGCUUUACUCUUCAAUGUUUUUUCCUCAACAAUUUUGUUCAACGACUUUUUAAAAAAUGCAUUACAUUUUUUCUGGUAAUUAAUAGUUUGCAUUUACCUUUGCUGGGAGUGGUGCUAGUGGUUUGAAGCUGUAUCUUUAUUUGUUUGACAAGUUGUGGUAAACCUCUCCUGUAUAGUCUCUAUAUUUGGAUGCUGAAACACAAGUCUUUCAUUUCAUGUGGUAAAAACACAGAAGUCUGUUAUUCAAAUCCUCGAGUAGCUGACUGUACACAUUAUUUGUUUUCAUUCUGUUUUCUUCAAGAAAACUUCUGAGUUUUUUUGUUUUUUUUUUACAUUAAUAUUUAGGAUGGUUUAGAUUUCUAUUCUGCACUCAUUUUGUGGGCUAAUGUGUUUGCCUAGACAGAGGAGACAAAAUUGGUAUAUUGUUGCAUAUUUAUUGAUGAUACAUGUGUUAAAUGUAAUAUAUAAAAUGUAUUUUUAAUGUUUGUAUUUUUUUAAAUUUUAAAAUCUAAUCCCACUUGGCCCAAUGCAAUUGAUGACAUUAUUCUAAUUAAAUAUUUGAUUGAUCUUAGGUUCGUGUAAUGAAUACAGUGAAUAGAAUUAUCUUCAAACUAGGCGACUAAAAGAUCAAUUAGCUACUCAUAGGUUUUAAGAACAAAGAAGCUUAAAUUAGUUUUAGCAUUAUAAAUUAAGAUUAAAAAUUACCAUACUUUCAAAUAUCUAUUUAGUUCUAGAUAUAUUUAUUUGAAUCUUAUCAUAUUUGGCUGGCUGCUUGGCUGUGUGAAUAGUGCUUUUGACUAUCUUAUGAUGGCCUGACCUAAUCUCUUGCCAUUAUACAGGAGGUUUGGGCUGGGAUAUAAUAUCUAUUUUUCUAAAGGGACAUCUUGAACAUAUUUUUAAAAUCCAAAUGUAAUGUUACAUUGUUUUAUGACAUGCAACUAGCAGACAUUUAUGGUCAAUAUGAAAUCCAUCCCCAUGUGUUCUUCAACUGAUACACUAUGUCAAGUCACACUCACUCUUAUUACAGAUUCUAUUCAAAUUCUUUGUUCUUUAGUGUCAUUAAUGAGAAAAAAAAAUGUAGUGCAUGAGAUGAAUGAAGUAAACAUUGGCAGCCAGCAUUUAUUUGACAGCUGAUAAACAUGGUGUAACUUUUAUAUAUAUAUAUUUUUUUCUCUCUGAAGCAAUGCAAUACUAUUUUUGUGACAUGUAUAAAUGCAUUCAACUUGUUAAUAUCAAAUGAUUUAAAAAAAAAAUGAUUUCUAUAAAUUUGACAAACUUGUAUUGAUAUGAACAAUGUAUGGCCAAUGAAUGUCAUUUUGCAGGAUUAACUUUUGGAUGCUGAAUAUUACAUUUAAAAUAGUUGUUUGUUAAUACUUUAAAAUUUGUUUGCUCCUUCCCCAUUUAGGGGGGGCGCUCUGGCUGAGUAGUUAAGUGCUUGGCUUCUGAAUCAGAGGAGUCCUGGGUUCAAAUCUCAGUAAAAGACUGGGAUUUUGAAUUUUGGGAUUUUUAGGGCGCCCCCCGAGUCAACCCAACUUUAAUGGGAUGACCUUAACAUCAUCUGCCCUAUAGAUUGCAGGUCCUUAAAGGGAAAGUUAUCUUCCCCAUUUAGAGCACAAUUAUAUCUUACCAAGAAUCCAUGAUUGAAGUUUGACCUUUUAACCUUGUUUUGGACGAUGAGAAACUCCCAUGAUUUGAUAAGGGCGGCUGAAUUGUAUUUCAAUGUCUAUUAAAAACAAGUUAUAUAUCUAUGACUAAAUCAAUACUAUAUUUGUAUUUAUUCAACUUCCCAAACAGAUCAUUUGAUGAGUCUCUUCUAGUAUGAAGUAUUUUAGAGUUCAGGAUUUACAUUUACAAAUAACAAGUUGUCAACAAAGUUCAUUUAACAGGAAAAAUAAAGCCUAUCAAAGAAUAUGUAUCUACUUAUGCAAAGUUUAAUAAUAUAAAACUACUAACUAACAAAGUGUUACUUUCACAAGUCCUACCAGUUUACAAAGGGAAAUACUCAUGCAAUCAUAAGAGUAUUUAAAAAAAAAAGAUAGUUCUGCUUGUUCUAGCAUUGUUUCUAGCAUUGUUUCUAUUACUUAAAUCUAAUUUGGUAGCUCAUUCUGUUCUCUUGAAAGUCUAUAUGUAUUUAAAGUCACUGCCAUUGAUGUCCAGGUAUGCCAAGUAACUGGUUGCUAUGCAAUGGUCAUAAAGUGCAACUGAAUUGGUGCAAUGUUUACAAACAAGAUGGUCAUUUGUUGAUUAUGUAAUAAAUUUAACCUAUCAAAUGGAA